CACAGUCUUGCCUGUGGUUUUAAAUCCAGCCGAAGAAAUUUCGAAGCGUCGCCGGUCUCGAUCGGUAAACUACAUCAUUAUGUUGCUUUCAUCCUAUAAUUUUAAAAGGGCUCACAAGGAAGCAGAAAGAAAAUGGUGUGAUCUUCCUUGUGACAUUUUAGCAUCAGUUGCUAGCGGGCUAGGCAUGAUCGACCUAAUCAGUUUUCGCAGCGUAUGCAAAGAUUGGAAAUCCGCUUCAAGAACAGCCUCAGCCGAAAUCGAAAGCUCCUCACAUCGAGAACCGUGGUUCCUAUUUUACGGCGAAGAAUCUUCUCAAUGCCUUCUGGUAAGCCAAACAGACCACAAAUACACAAUCAACAUUCAAGAAUUGAGCGGCUCUACUGCUUGCCUAGCAUCAAACAAAGGUUGGCUUCUUCUACUCCGAGAAGAUUACUCGGUGUACUUCUUCUGCCCGUUUUCACGCGCGAAAAUCGAGCUUCCGAAGUUAGAUAACCUCGGAUCGUUAUCUAACUAUAUCGCAACUUUCUCGUCACUACCCACAUCCCAAGAUUGCUUAGUUUCUAUCACCUACAAAAAUGGAUCAUCGAAAACAAUCGAGUUAUAUGUUAUUCGUCGCGGGGAUAAAGAGUGGACAAAAUGUUCUCAUUCUCAUGAGAAUGUAAAGAGUCUUGGACAAAUCAAAUGUCUAGCUUAUUACGAAGAUGAACUAAGCAUCCUGGACGCUCACAAGAAAUCUAUAAUAAACUAUUACUUUAAGAGUUUAACAUGGAAGCAUUAUGACAUAGUUCCUCCUUCUUACGCAGGCCCUUCUACAUCAAAUCUGCCAUUUCUGGUGAAAAAUUGUUAUUUCAAAGACAAAAAAAUGAGAGAAAAAUUGGGAUUGGAAAAAAAUGUUUCGGUCUCUAUUUGUGGGUCGGCAUGUCUACUAGGUAAGCAAAAUGUGGUCAUUUUUAGUGAAAACAUUGAUGCUGUUGAAGGAUCUGAACAAGAACGGCGUAAACUAAAAGGAGUGUGGAUUCAUCCUAGAUUCUUUCUUCUUCCUCCUGAUCAAACCUGGGCUAGCAUUAGCAAGGUAGCAGAAAGAAAAUUUUGUGAUCUUCCUCCUGACAUUUUAGAAUCAACUGCCGCGGGGUUAGGAAUAAUCGACCUGAUCAGUUUUCGCAGCGUAUGCAAAGAUUGGAAUUCCGCUUCAGGAACAGCCUCAGCCGAAAUCGAAUGCUCCUCAAAUCGAGAACCGUGGCUCCUACUUUACAGCGAAUUAUCUUCUCAAUGCCUUCUGGUAAGCCAAAACAAGGACAGAUACACAAUCAACAUUCCAGAAUUGAGCGGCUCUACUGCUUGCCUAGCAUCAAACAAAGGUUGGCUUCUUCUACUCCGAGAAGAUUACUCCGUUUACUUCUUCUGCCCAUUUUCGCGAGCGAAAAUCGAGCUUCCAAAUUUGGAUAACCUCGGAUUGUUAUCUAACUAUAUCGCAACUUUCUCGUCACUACCCACAUCCCAAGAUUGCUUAGUUUCUAUCACCUACAAAAUUGGAUCAUCGAAGACAAUCGUGUUAUAUGUUAUUCGUCGCGGGGAUAAAGAGUGGACAAAAUGUUCUCAUUCUCAUGAUAAUGUAGAGAAACUUGGACAAAUCAAAUGUCUAGCUUAUUACAAAGAUGAACUAUACAUCAUGGACGCUCCCAAGAAAUUUAUAAUGAAGUAUAACUUUAAGAGUUUAACAAUGGAUCAUUAUAGCAUAAAUUAUUACACAGCCCCUUCUACUACAGUCUCACAUAUUCCAACUACUGUCCCACAUAUUCCAUUUAUUAUGAGAAAUUCUUAUUUUAAAGACAAUGAAAUAAGAGAAAAAUUGGGAUUGGAGAAAAAAAUUUCGCUCUCUAUUUGUGGGUCGGCAUUUCUACAAGGUAAUAUAAAUAAGGUGAUUUAUAGUGAAAACAUUGAUGCUCAAGGAUCUGAAAAAGAACGGCUUAAACUAAAAGGAGUGUGGAUUCAUCCUAGAUUCUUUCUUCUUCCUCCUAAUCAAACCUGGUAGCUUUAUAUUCUUUGAUAAUUUAAUUUAAAGUAUUUGAUUGUUGAUCUUCAUCUUUUUGUUUUAGAGGAUUUUUAAGUUUUUAUUUAUAUUUUCAUUUCUUAAACUGU